ACUGUUAGGACAGGUAUAUGUCUUUUCAUUUGAUUACAGGUAUGAGCAGUCCUUCAGCUCCAUCUACUGGACACUUGUAGAUAUUUCCUGGUGUUAGUUAUUUGUUUAAUAAAGUUAGUUAUUGACCUCUGAUGUCAUAACUCCAGGUCACAGGAAGUAGGUGUUUCCAGCCUGUGCAGUUCAUCUCAUGUGCUUUCAGCUUUCUCCAUGCUAAACAGGCCCUAUGCAGCAUUGUUGUUUUACCCUUUCAUCUUUAAAUACCCAUUAAACAAGUUAACAACUUACACAGUGUGGUGCUUUGAAGAAGGAUUAUCUGCCUGUCAAUCUUACUUCAGACAGUGAGCAGGACAGAACAGUAGACAACAUCACGCAUAGCUGAUGCAAUACAGCACAGUAAAACAACAGCUGGUAUCAAGAAGCCCACACGCAGAGUGGAUUAGCAAAUACCACAGAGAUACAGUACAGCUUCAGUUAACAUAGUACCACGUGCUAACUCUUAUCAAGGUUAGACGGCAAGAUGUCCGAAAGAUCAAUCAAGACCAGAUCUAGGGUGUCACAUUCAUCCAGACUCUCAAACCGCUCCCAGGUGUCUGACGCUGCGCUUUUCCGUGCAGAAGCUGCCGCUGCACUAGCUCAACUCACAUUUACUGGGAAGGAAACAGAGCUAAAAUUAGAGAAGACACGCUUAGAGGCUAUGAUGGAGGCAGACAAGGCAAGGUUAGAAGUGGAGGCAAAGCUUCAAAUGACACGCUUAGAAGCUUCAAUAGAGAUUCUUAAUUUACGUAAAACGGUGGCAAUUGCGAAUGCCAAGGCAGAUACAUUAGAUGCAGUUCUUGACACUACAGAACAAGCAAGUCAGAAAUUCACUAUGCAGCCUGAUGUAAAACCAGAAACUGCUAUGCAACGUACUAAAGAAUAUGUACUGAAACAUUCACAAGAGUACAGUCCAUCAAUGCCAAGCCUAGAAAAGCUUAGUGAAUACAGAGACAGUGAUGUUAUCCCAUCAUUUGAGCAAAAUCAUAGUAUACCUCUCCAGAACAUUCCUUUACAAUGUGACUACAAUGUGCCCGUAGUUACCUCUACCUCACCACCAGAUGGUGCUCUGUUACAAGAACAAAAGGAUUUCAAACAAUUGUAUCCUGUUGAUGUGAAAACUCCUGCAGCCAGAGACUAUAAUGACAUUCAGAGGACUUUACCUGUUACUAAUAAAUACAGCUAUCCUUCUGUUACACAACCAGUGGUUCCUGAUAGAGGCAGUCAUUCUCCAGAGGGAGUAUACCAGUACACACCAGAUGUGAAGCCAGCGCUUCCUAUUAAGCCUGAUUCAGACCAACUUACUGGCAAUCAGCAGAUGUCAGACUUAGUGAGAUUUAUGGCACGCAGAGAAAUGAUAACAUCAGGCCUUGUUCAGUUUGAUGAGAAGCCAGAAAACUACAGGGCUUGGAAGGCGUCAUUCAAAAAUGCUAUAGAGGAUCUACACCAGGGGUGUCCAACCCGCGGCCCGCGGGCCGCAUGCGGCCCGGAAUGGAGGUCCGUGCGGCCCAGCAGGAAGCGUGUGUCAGAGGAAAGGCACGCCUCCUCUCCCCACAGUUUUGCUGGCUGCAGCCUCUCUGUGCUCUGCGUGCGGUGCAUGUGACGUCAGCGCCGGCGCUCUGCGUGUGACGUCAGCGCCGGCGCUCUGCGUGUGACGUCAGCGCCGGCGCUUUGCGUGUGACGUCAGCGCCGGCGCUCUGCGUAUGACGUCACCGCCUGUGUUCUCCAGUCUCCCCAACGGCUGCUAGCUGCUGCUAGCUAGCAGCGCGUGUUUUUGGCGCCAAUUUCCUGCCUUUGCUGGGCCCUGCCCCCUCUUGUCUGGCAGCUUGAUAAAAGGCACAGAGAGAGAGCAACUCCCAAAACUACGUGGCAAGCAACUCCCAAAACUACGUGGCUCUUCUCCUGUCUAAUGAAAGGCUAGCUUCAGCCUGCAGCUUACUGGCAAGUCUGGCACUCUUGCACUCCACAGCAACCGAUUAUUAUUACCUCAGCUCCCCUGGUUCAGCACAAUACACCUGCACAGUAUUUUUACAGGUACAGAAUUUUUUACUGUUUUAGUCUGGCUUAGUGCUUUGUAUUUGACAUGAUAAAUUUGGAAGUAGGGAUUUGUGUAAUAACACCCCUGGGCCAUAUACCUAUUCCACAAUUUUCUGGAAUUAUUAUUUUCACUAAAUUCACUGUGUGUAGGUCUGUAGUAGGCUAAUUAAAGAGCAGUGCAAUAAAUUAGAAUUAAUACAAAAAUGAAUUAAAAAGAAAUGAAUUCCCAAGCCCCCUGUGAUUCCCAAUAAUCAAUUGAUUUGUUUUUUAAGAUAAUUAAUUAUGAGAUAAAUGUACUUAAUAGCUUAUAAGUGUAUUGCAAUGAAUUAUCACUUCUUAA